GUGAAAUGUUAACAUAACUUUAAGCUCCACUAUUUUUAUGUCUCACAAAGUCCACUAUUAAUGAAACACUAGACAUAAAAAUUGAAUUACAAUUUUUUCUUUUGACACAAAAAAUUGAAUUACAAUUAGAGUGCAAUUUUCACAAAAUUUCAACCAACCACUUGAGUGGUUAAGCAUGAAGAAUCACUAUAAAUACAAGACUUUACCUGAAUGAAAAAUCAGUAACCACCAUAACCAUAAUAAUGUCCUUAUCUUUGAACAAAACCUGUUACAUUAUGAAAAGAAUACAGAACCUAGUUCAUGUGUUCAUAGUUUCUUCUCUUUCUCUAUAAACCAAUUCAAAAACAUAUCAACCCUUUUUCUUCUCUAAGCAUAAACAAUGUCUACAAACUUGAAGAAUCUUUCACUUUUUCACAAAAUCUUUUCCCUCACUUUGCUGCUUUUUUCAAUAAACUUUCUGUUCUUUCCAUGUUGUAACUCUCUUGAUGAACAAGGCCAAACUCUUAUGGCAUGGAAAGACAGUUUAAACAUUACUUCAGAUGCUUUAGCAUCAUGGAAUCUUUCAAACCAAACACCAUGCAAUUGGUUUGGUGUAAAGUGCAAUUUACAAGGAGAGGUAGAAGAGAUAAAUUUGCAGUCAUUGAACUUACAAGGUUCAUCAUUGCCUUCAAAUUUUCAACCUCUCAAAUCCUUGAAGGUUCUUAUCUUCUCAUCAACUAACAUAACAGGAAGGAUUCCAAAACAAAUUGGAGAUUAUCAAGAGCUUGUUUUCAUUGAUCUCAGUGAAAAUUCUCUCUUUGGUGAAAUCCCAGAAGAAAUUUGCAGGCUAAGCAAACUUCAAAAUUUAGCUCUUCAUACAAACUCUCUUGAAGGAAACAUUCCAUUCAACAUAGGAAAUUUAUCAAGUCUUGUGAACUUGACACUCUUUGACAAUAAAUUCAGUGGCGAAAUUCCAAAGAGUAUUGGUUCCUUAAGUAAGCUUCAAGUAAUCAGAGCAGGAGGGAAUUCAAACCUCAAGGGUGAGCUGCCAUCAGAGAUCGGAAACUGCACCGACUUGGUCAUGUUAGGCCUCGCGGAAACCAGCAUUUCAGGUAGUAUUCCUUCUUCGAUAGGGAUGCUGAAAAAACUACAGACCAUAGCCAUUUACACAACUCAGUUGUCAGGCUCUAUUCCAGAAGAGAUAGGAAAUUGCAGUGAGUUGCAGAAUCUGUAUUUGUAUCAGAACUCAAUUUCUGGUCCAAUUCCACGUCAAAUUGGAGAGUUGAACAAACUUCAGAGUCUACUUUUAUGGCAAAACAAUAUGGUAGGGGCAAUACCAGAAGAGCUUGGAAACUGCAGAGAUCUCAGUGAGAUAGAUUUGUCAGAAAAUCUUCUCACAGGUAGCAUACCAGUCAGUUUUGGAAAGCUAUCAAAUCUGAAAGGACUUCAGCUGAGUGUUAAUCAACUGUCAGGUACUAUACCACCUGAAAUUUCAAACUGCAGUUCUUUGACUCAGCUUGAAGUUGACAACAAUGCUAUUUCUGGUGAGAUUCCUUCUGUUAUUGGCAACUUGAGAAGCUUGAAACUCUUCUAUGCAUGGAAGAACAAGGUAACAGGAAAAAUCCCAAAUAGUCUUUCAGAGUGCAAAGAUCUUCAGUCACUUGAUCUUUCAUACAAUAACUUAACUGGUUCAAUACCAAAACAACUAUUUGUGUUGAAAAAUCUCACUCAACUUAUGCUUCUUUCCAAUGAUUUGGAAGGAUUCAUACCAACUGAUAUCGGUAACUGCACAAGUCUCAAUAGGUUGAGGUUAAAUCAGAAUAGACUAGUUGGUAACAUUCCAUCUGAGAUUGCCAACUUGAAAAGUUUGAAUUUUUUGGACUUGAACAACAAUCAUCUUGUAGGGGAGAUUCCUCCAACAUUAUCAAGAUGCCAAAAUCUUGAGUUUAUUGAUCUCUCGCAUAACAAGCUCUCAGGGAAUUUAGAUGCUCUUUCUAGCCUUCAUAAUCUUGUUUCCUUAAAUGUUUCCUUCAAUGAAUUCUCUGGUGAAUUGCCUAACACAACAUUGUUUAGGAAACUCCCUCUCAGUGAUCUCACUGGAAAUAAAGGUCUUCAUAUUUCUGAAGGUGUUGUAACUCCAGCAAUCAGAACAAGAGCCAAAAGUCAUGUUAGAUUCGAUAUGGAGAUUAUAUUGUUAAUUCUCUUGAGCAUCAUUCUAGUACUAAUACUUCUCACAUUCUAUGUCCUGGUACGUGACCAUAUUGCUGAGGAAGCAUUCUGGAGAAAUUUCAAAGCAUCCAAUAUACCUUUGUAUCAGGGGAUGUUUGGAUUCUCUAUUGAUAAAGUUGUCAAGAAUUUCAAAGCAUCCAAUAUCAUUGACAUUACAAGCUCUGGAAUUUUGUACAAGAUAACAAUUCCAAAUGGCAAUAUACUGGCAGUUAAAAAGAUGUGGCCGGAUUCUGGAGCCUUAAGUUCAGAAAUUCAAAUAUUAAGUUCAAUGAAACAUAAGAAUAUCAUCAAGAUUCUUGGUUGGCGACCCUAUAAGAAUAGGAUGCUGCAGUUUUAUGAAUAUUUCCCUAGUCUGAGCUCAUUGCUUCAUGGUUCAGAAAAGGGAAAGUUAGAUUGGGAUACCAGGUUUGAAGUCAUCCUAGGCCUAGCUCAAGCACUUGCAUAUUUGCAUCAUGAUUGUGUGCCUUCUAUAUUCCAUGGAGAUGUCAAAGCAACAAGUCUCUUAUUAGGUCCUGGCUAUCAUCCUUACCUUGCCGACUUUGGCCUGGCAAGAAUUGCAAGUGAAAAAGACGAUGAUGCUAAAUCCAAUCCAGUUCAAAGACCUCGCUACACUGCGAGUUCACAUGGAUACACAGAUCCUGAGCUUGACUCAAUGCAGAAAAUCAAUGAGAAAACCGACGUGUACAGUUUCGGCGUGAUCCUACUUGAGGUGCUGACAGGAAGGCAACCAUUAGAUCCAACUCUGCCAGGAGGUGUACACUUGGUUCAAUGGGUUAAGAAUCACUUGUCUAGCAAAGGAAACCCAUUAGAAAUUCUUGACUCAAAGCUGAGAGAGAAGACUGAACUUACUUCUAUGCAUGAAAUACUACAAACUCUAGCUGUGUCAAUUUUAUGUGUCGGUGGAAAAGCUUGUGAACGUCCAACAAUGAAAGACGCCAUUGCAAUGCUCAACCAAUUUCGAUAUUUUGUUUAGAAUGUAUUAAAGGGAGUUUCGGUAGGGUAUGCUAAGAAUAUAUAGGUUUACGUGUAUCUUCUAACAGUUACUUUAAUUUCUCAGAUGGCUCAAUCUGUUGAGAGUAACUAUGCAAGUUGUAGAGAACUCAUGACUGUGAAUGAUGAAAUGGAAUGCAAGCUAGUGCAGCCAGAAUUUGUAGAGUUACUCAAAUGUAAUUUUAAAUAUAAAAUGCAAAUUUCAAAAAUCCAUUAUAAAUUGCACUGUAGAAUCUUUCACUCAA